GCUUGCGGUGCCGCUGUCGCUGAUGGCGGCGGGCUGUCGGAGGGUCGCGCGGAGCAGCGGGCAGCGGAGGCCCGGCGGAACCGUUAGUGACUGUUAAACGGCCGCCAGGCUCAGCCACCUAACACGCUACAUCUGCAGACUUCCUGUUUUCUGUUCACGGUAUCAUUGCAGUACUACGCAGUGGGUUGGGGCUGUGUUAGCUAGUUGUGGCACAGCGGAACAGCAGCAUCAUUCAAGGUUAGCAUCAGAUUUAGAGUUCCUGUCAGCUGUAGGGGGCGCUAAUGAGUCCUCAGACCUGCCCUGAUUUGAGAUGCUGUUGAGUUUGUACUUACACUGGCUUCUUCAAAUGGAAACCCAUCAGAUUUCUGGGGGCCUCUUCAAAUUUGGGGCCUACUGAUUUGCUCCGCCUUCCUCGGUUGACCUGGCGAGGAUGCAGUCUUCCAAAGAGCUGCUGCUUUUCAUUGAAAAUGUGAGCUAGCUUUGUGUUUAUUUGCAGCGAGAAGAGAUUAUCAAAUUUGGGCCCCGGAGCAACACUGACCCUAACCCUAACCGGACGGCACCUAAAAAAGUUAAACUUUAGAAAAAUGUAGCUGCUUUCACACAUCAAUUACAUUUUAGCAGCUAACGUUAGUUAGCGGCUAGUGGCUAACAGCAGGUAGCGGUGGCGCGGUGGGGCUAAGUCCGGGUAGAGCAGGGGUGCGAUGGAGUACCACUCCGGUGGCAGCCUGCCCCUGCUAGGGAGACCACGGUACUGCGCCGGGACCAGCGCUAACGGAGGAUACCUGUGUGAGACGGGACACUGCUGCGGAGAGAGCGGCUGCUGCACCUACUACUACGAACUCUGGUGGUUUUGGCUGCUGUGGACCGUCCUGAUCCUGUUCAGCUGCUGUUGCGCGUACCAACACCGUCGAGCCAAACUCAGAGUCCAGCAGCAGCAGAGGCAGCGGGACAUCAGCCUCCUGGCCUACCAUGGAGCCACAUCUUACCCAUCCUCCAUGCUGGAUCUCAGUUUCUUGGCGUCUUUGAAGCUGCCGUCCUAUGAUGAGGUUGCUGCUCAGCCCUCCACCCCUCCCCCCCCGUACAGCUCGGUGUUCACCACCCCUCGUUACCUGCAGCCGCCCCGUGCUGCAGAACCCCACCUGCUGACGCAACAUAGCCCCCUGCUGCACAGGCCGCUCAAUGACGGUCCAUCCUCCCUGAGCUCCGACAACAGCUCCAGUUGUUCCUGUGACUCCUGCUGCCCCUCCUCUCCAUGUAGCUCCUCCCUCUCCGCACCUGCCACCUAUGAGACUGACACAAGUCACAAUUCCACGCCCAAUGAGGCAGCUCCCCUCACACGUGAUGUCACCUUGGAGACCAUCGCCACCGCUGCAACCCGCCUGGAGCUGGACGAGGCUCCGCCUCCUCCUCAGACCAUGGCUCCCACUGUCACCAUUGACAUCUGCAACACAGCUACUGCUGGAGGAACCGUGGCUUCCGACUCAGCGCAUCUGAGCCAAACUGCUACUGUGGUGGGUGUAACCAGGGAGUCUUUGCCCUCUACCUGUUCAGAAAAGGCUAUGCCUGUUAAAACUACAUCUCCCAUCAUGCAGCAGCUGGACUUGGCACCACAUACCCCACAAAUCAGCAUCUGUAGGUCAAGUACAGGUUCUAGUCCAACUAGUGAUAGCCAGCCAGCAAACAUAGGAAGCUGUACCAAGGACCUUGAACCUACCAGUGCCUCAGACGCCACCUUGACUUCAGGCACGUCAACUCCAGCUGCCGACAUUCCUGAUGUCCCAAAUUUUGCUCAGUCCUUCAAACCCGUCAAUCCAGCUUCAGAUACAGCUUAUGAUGUUUGUAGUCCAUCCUCCAAACCGUCUCCUGAAAGUGGCAGAGCUUUUCCCCUGAUUCCAGGAUCUCUUGCUCUUUCAACCUCUGGAUCCAUUUCCUCUGCAGUUCUAGUUCCAGUUUCUCCAAACCAUAUCAAAACUCCAAACCCAAUAUCUACAGACUACAUCCGAACUCCAAAACCAACAAAAACGACCCCAACACAAGAAGACCCUUUAUAUAGCAGCAUUACCCAAGUCCCUGUCUUAAAACCUGGAGACCAUAACCAGAUUACAGACACAUUCCAAACAAAUAUUUGCCAAGUUCCAGAACCUGUUGCAGUGAAUGUUCCCCAUGUUCCAGGACCAUUUCAAUCCAGUACUCCCAGAGUUCUAACAAAUCUUUCACAGGCUCCAUAUCCUGAACAAACAAACCAUAUCCAGGCUGUAGAACCAUUGCAAACAAACUGUUGCUAUACUCUAGCCCCUGUAUCAGCAUACCCUGUAGACCCAAUAACCACAAAUCUCACUCUGGUGCUGAGCUCAUCAUCUAAUGUCUCUCUGGUGCCAGGCUUACUAUCGAACCCAACUGUAGUUCAAGCACCUACACACUCGAGCCUUACUCUAGUUCCAGCCACGGCAUCCAGCACAUCUGCCUUAGCCCAUUGCCAGGACUCUGGACUGUUUUCUCAGUCAGGUCUGUCUGUAGUUCCUCUAAGCCCAGUGUCAGGCCCAUUUCCACAUCCAGAGGGUGUUGGAAUUCUUUCAUUUAUCACAGAUACUGCUCCAACACCAGGUUUAGGUCCUUCAGUGAUCGGGCCUCAGUCUUCACAGUUGAACCCUGUCAGUCAGUUGCUAUGUGAUAGCCAGCCAAGUUUUCCUUCUGGUUCUGGACCACAUCAUGGUUUUGGCUUCCUUGCUGCAUCACUACUUCCUUCCCCAGCUCUGACCACUUCUACCUGCCCAAGCAUUACUGUAGAGUUUGAUCCUUCUUUAUCUCCUCAGUCUCUCCUUGCAGUACCCUCCCUGUCCUUUCUUCCAUCACUUCCCUCUGCACCUUCUGUCCUCUCCUCUGCAGUUGUGUCCCCCACCUCCCUUCUGGGCCCAACUCUACUUCUAGACCCCCUCACUGCUCUGCACCAGUCCGAACAAGGGUGCUUGUCCUCUGGCCAUGCUUCCUCCCUCUCUCCUUCACCUCGGUCCACUCAGUCUCCACCAAAACAGACCCUCUUCUCCCCUUGUGUGGAUGUCAUAGAGCCUGGACCUCCAAGUUGGGAAGAGGAUGGCGGGGAGGACCAGGAGGAAGUAGACCAUGCUGAUGAUGAAGAUGAGGACAUGGGAGCUGACGAGAGCCAAUACAGACAUCGGCGACUGACUGGGGAUUCUGGGAUUGAGGUGUGCAGGUGUCGAGUAAAGGAGGAUGAGGAAGAUGAAGACAACGUGGAGGCGAGGAAGGAGGAUGGCAGGCUAGGAGUAGAAAAUGGAGGAGAGAAGGAUAAGCGGGGAGGUGAUGUCACGAGUUACCAUGACUCAGUGGACUGCCCUGCCAGAGGUCAGUUAACCUCCGAGGAAGGUCUGACACUGUGUAACCCCAUCCCGACCACCCCGCCAGACUCUGGUGUUGGUGAAGAAGCUGUUGUAGUCAUGGAGACUGUGUGAUUGACAGAAAUGGUUGAUCAACCUGUUUGUCACCUAAAACCAGAGGUCAAUAAGUUAACUAAUAACUAAUUAGUGUAGCUGGAGGCAGGUUGGGGAGUACACGUUGGAACACGCUUGGACGUUUGCUCAGUGAUUUCAUUCCCUUUGGGUCAGACGCCUCUCAGCUGUGUAGAAAGCGUAAACCCCGGGGGGGGGUAACUGAAGUUCCACCUGGAGCCGCAAAAUGUUUUUGGAAAACUAUCCUUUGUUCUAUUGAUCCGUUCUGUUGCGACACUUGUGCUAGUCGGUAUCUUUGUAUCGCUGAAAUGCGCUUUAAAAUUUUAGUUUGUUGAUUUUGUGGGAUAUAAACCCAAACAAGUAUUUGCUUCAAACAAACCAGCACAAAGCUUGAUUUUGAAUCUGUCGCUUCAGCUGCACGUUAAAAACUCCAACUGCGUGAAUAAAACCAACAUUUAAGGAGAUGAUCCUCCCUCUAGUGGAGAGGAGCUGCUACAGCGCCUAAAAAUAACAGCUUGAACAUCUGCACACUGUCUUAAAACCUAGUCGUGUUUCAGUCCAGCAUCUGAAGGUGUGAUCUGGAGCGUGCUGAGGCCACACCCCCCUGCAAUAUUUAAAUAUCAAAGGCUUUGCUUGUGAUAAAUGAGCUGUUUUUAUUCGUACUUGGAUCUGUAAACACUGAAGAAAUCUAAAACCUGAGAUGGCACAAAGUUGUAUCUGAUUUGAUGUGGCAGGACAGCGAGCCACUCGCCGCUCUUGCGUGUACAUCUGUGCCACUUUGAUUCCUGCUUAGGCUUUCCUGGAUUACUUCUUUUUCUUCGGGUUCAGCAGAUGUUCUCUCUCUCCGAGACCUAUUGUGUUGUGUUUUUACCAUCAGACAAAGAGCAAAGAUUGUUAUGGCUUCACAUGUGGUCUUCUGGACAAAUGGCGCCCCCAUGUGGCGUAGAUAUAGCAGUUCCUCCACAACUGUCGCAGUUAGUAAUGUGUAGUGCCUCGCUAGGCCAGAAAUUUAGCUUCUUGCUUUGUGAGCCACAUGGCUAAUUACACAGUUUUGGUACCUCGGAGGGUUUUCAUGUUUUUGUUCAAAAUGUGUUUUAUAACAUCACGUAGCCAGAAGGUGGCAGCUUUGGAACGGUGGCUGACACUCGUGGUGUUGUUUUUCUCACUUUAUUGCUGGUAGCAUUGAACGGCGUCAGCAACAUGUAACAUUUUUAAGGACGUCAGAAGUUAGUGGAAAACAUGGCGGCAGAGUAACUUUGGCUUUGUGCAGACGUGAUUAUUUUCUCCCUCUGGAAUGUGACAAAGAGGAGGUAAAGAGAAUUCCAGCCUUUGUCCCAUUUUUAAACACUUUCAACCCAAAAGUUCAGCGUUCAAAUCCCAAAAUGUGUUAGCCUCCUAGCUUAGCAACACCGUUGGUGUUAGCCUGCUAACAUUAGCUUCCACAGGCUAACAGACAGAAAUAAAAAUGUUAAAACGCAAACCUUUCUGUUGCAGACACAUUACGACUUUUCACUCAAAAAAGGUCACUUUGUUGUUUGAGUCAUACACGUUAAUUAAACUUAUGCAACUUGGCAUGAAGUCAGUGAGUGACUGAAAAAGUGAAUUAAAUAUCUGACUAGCAGUUUUUCAUAUAAAUGUGUCAGAAAAAGAUGUUUUUGAGGUUUGUCGAUGGUGGUGGUUUGGAGGCGGAGUCAGUCUGAACAGACUUGAAUGAGGGCGUGGUCUCAGAUAUAAUGUGUUCAGUGUGGCUGGGGGGUUUAUACUUGGUCAACAAACGCGUCAAUGUAAUGACAGUAAACAAAGGCACCUUCGUGUCAGAAAAAACAAGACGAGUCACCAUCACUGCCGCCUUUGUGCCAGAGUGACGCUCUGAAGUGUUCUGAUCCAAGCGCGCCAAAAACAGAUGCUGCUGGUCAAACCCUGUUUUACUCCUCUGGAGGGGAGGGGCCAGUGACAUCAUCAGACUGUCGAACCAUGAACAUCUUGACCUCAGAGGGCGGUGUGGAUCUGCAAGGGGCCCAGUGGUUCUGGGAGGGACCCCGUGGAUCUGGAGGGGUCCCAUGGAACCCCAUGUUCAUGCUCCAACAGGAACUCAUCUUACUUCAUCACAUGUUGGUUAUGAAGGACUGUGGGUACCCGGCAGGUGGUGGUACAGGUGCCUGUGACAGACAAACCCUUGCUAUUCGACAGGUGGCAUGGUAUUGUUGUGAUGGCGGUGCCACGGUGGACUCAGCGUGCACGAGGCAGGACUGCCGUGCAGUUUUCAAACCUCUGAAAGGACUCUUUUGUGGGUGCCGAUUCUGGACUGAUGGAGGUCGUGGAUGAACACAAAGCUGUUGUUUUUGUUGACCCGAUGAGGUCAUGUGUGUCUCCAUGGUUACAGAGUGAUGUCUGUCAGUACUUUAGCAUUAGCGCUGUUACUGCUCUGUCUGGAUGUGGCCUUUAGAAUAGAAUGUCUGGAACUCAAGUUCCCAGAAGCCUUUGCAGCUCUGACAUCAGCCUCAUGAAGGAAGAUCUGUGAUUAAUUUCUGCUCAUAAAACUACUGAAUGAUAAAUCUGAAGAAUGAUCACAAAGUUUAUGAUUUGGCUCCUCCUGACAGAGACUUGAAUUGUAUUUAUUUCUUGUUGUUGCUGUGACUGGAGAAGCAGCAGACGAAGCCCAGCAGCGGAGCAGAUAACAGAACGUUUACAGAGGAAUCCUUCAGAUGGUGAUACAAGCACCAGAUAGACAUGAACUCCAACUGGCCACUUCAAUUUUUAAGUUUUGACCCCUGACCUGGCCACCUAUUGAAAAUUCACAUCUGAGGAGUAUUUGUGUUAAAUGUGGUUCUUGUUUCAUCAUUUGCAGGAUUUUUUCCAGUUACCUGCUGCACUAUCCAGUCCAAGCCACUGGGGGGCGCUGUAUAACCGGACUUGAAUCACGGCACUGGAUACCAGGGCUGUUUCUGUGUUGCUCUACAGCAAGGCAGCAGUUCUGCCAGGGUUGGAGGUCUGAUUCCCGCUUGGUGAAUUCUUAGUGUGUCCUUGCAUGAGGCUGACGUUAGCGCUAUGCUAACUUUGAAACGGACUUUAUCUGUUUUUAUACUUUCUGAAGAGUUUUUUCAUCAGACUUCACUUGAGCAUAAAAUGAUUCUAGAACAGAGAGGAUUGUUUCACAUGAAUGUUGAUUUUUAUAUAUUAUGGAGUUACUCAACAAAACUUGUAGCUAAUCAAACAAGUGCACAUUAGCUUACCUUCAGUUUGUUUGGUCCAACAAGCUGUUUGCAAAGUGGAUUUAUUUAUUUUUUUUAUGUGAACUGAAAGAGCAUUUGAAGACUUUUUAAGAAGAAAUGACUUGAAUGCUGACUUUUAUUUUGAAAAGAUACCACAUGAAACCUGAAACCAGCUCCGCCCUUUAAUGUGGCUCUAGCCCGACAACUGGCCCGGCCGCGAGUAUUUUAUUCGUAGGAUGUUUCUCGUGGUAUGUAAAUUCUCAGCCAGUCACAAAUCAGUACCCACUACAUCAUUCACGCGAUUAGCAUACGAUUAACACGCCAAUGCGCAUGCGCCAAAAGGUGAGCAAACACUGGCCACCACUUGCAUUCUGGGUAAAAUGUACUGAUAAUAAAUGAAUUGGUAUUACGUGCUUCAAAAAGCUGAGCUUCGUGCUUCAAAAAGCUGAGCUUCGUGCUUCAAAAAGCUGAGCUUCGUGCUGUUGGAGUGUAGUGAUUUUGGAAUAAUCUCAAAAAUUUCUCCUGUUUGCUCACAAAAAGCAGAAAAUUUAAUGCUGACUGUCUGACUGGUGCGUUUCAAUCUUUAAACUAACGUAUCACUCCAUUUAUAGAGUGAAACAUUAGUUUAGAGAUACAUUUUUAAAGAUAGAUAGUUUAAAGAUACAUUAAAGUUAUUUGAAUUAAUGUAUCACUUAAAGUUACUCAUAUUAACGUAUCAUGCCAUUAAAAAAAUUGUGCCAAAAGAUGAACAAAUACAGAGUAAACACUGGCCACCACUCCAAACUUCACCUACCACGUAUUGGUGACAUUGUGUUUGCCUCAUGAAUGAAUUAUAAAUAUAGUGUAUGUUUUUUAGCUUUUAUUUUAUUUUAUUAUUAUUAUUAUUAUUAUUUGCUGUUAGCACAGUUUAAGAUAGUGUCCAUCUCUCAGUGUAGUAGAUCAGUGGAAUCUGUUCAAUGUGGUUUUCUUGGCUUCACUUUUAUUUUGAGAUGGUCCCAAAUAAUUCAUGGGUUAAUGAAAAGAGGGAACAGUGAAAUUUGAUGUCAUCAACUAUAUCUUCUUUUAUUAAACAAAAUAAAUAUAAACUAUAAUCAGAACCAUCAGGAUUCAAAAAUUCAAUUUCCAAACAAAUAGAAAACAAAACAAAACCAAAAAAAAAGAGGCAAAGACAAUAGACUUCCUCUUGUUCAAGACGUACUUUUUCUGGCCCGCCCUGUAGUAUCCAGAAAAACAAAGUACAUGUAUGUCACAGGUGGAUCAUACUAAACACUGUAAAAAGACGAUGUAACCUGUUUUUUACUGUGCGUCUUCCUGAGACCUUUUGGCGCAUGCGCGUUGGUAUGUUAAUCGUAUGCUAAUUGCAUGAAGGGCGUAGUGGGUACUGACUUUGUGAUUGGCUGAGAAUUUACAUUCCAGGAGAAACAUCCUAUGACUAAAAUACUCGCGGCCGGGCCGCUAUAUUCAAAUUAAGGUCUGGUGGGCAGCCAUUGAUAAACUAUUCACCUGCGAUAACCAAGUACAGCCUUCUAGUUAUUUUUCAGAUAUUUUUACCACUUAGCUUAAAACAUUUAGCACUUUUCAAACAUUUCUCUCUGCUCAGCUGUCAGUCUGUCAGUCAGUCUGUCAGUCAGUCUGUCCUGCUCGGGCAGCAGAUAACGUUUCAAACAGACUUCUGCUGCUGCUCACCUUCUAGCCAAUCAGAGGACAAAAGGGCGGAACCCAGAGGCGAAAAGGGCGGAACCUUCACCUACCAUACUACGUUUCACAAAUUCGCAGCCGGGCCAUGAAUUGGGCCGGAUCCUGGCGUGAGAUUUGCCACCAAUAGGAGAGCAGUGCUGGAAUUCCCUCUCCUUGGUUGGUUCCACUCCUCCAGCCAAUGCAAAGGAGUCGGUAUCAGGUUAUUUGGUCACAUGACUUUUAGUCAAGAUUCUG